CUUACAUAAUUAUGCACUCGUCACUUGAGCAAAAGAAAAAAGAAAAACCACUUCAAAAAACAAUGGCUUCCAAGAAUAUUUUCCCUAGUCUUGCUCUUUUCCUUUGUCUCAAUCUUUUCUUUGCCUUAGUUUCUGGCUGUGGCACUUGCCCAAAACCUACGCCUCCACCAAAGCCAAAGCCAUCAUGCCCUCCUCCUUCAAGUACUCCAAAAGGAACUUGCCCAAUUGAUACACUUAAGUUAGGAGUUUGUGCUGAUGUUCUUGGAUUAGUACAUGCUGUUGUUGGCUCACCACCAGUUACUCCUUGUUGUAGCCUUCUUUCCGGACUUGCUAAUACUGAGGCUGCUCUUUGUCUUUGCACUGCUAUUAAGGCUAAUAUUUUGGGGAUUAACCUUAAUAUCCCAGUUUCACUUAGCUUGCUUCUUAAUGUUUGCUCCAAGGAAGCUCCUGCUGGCUUCAAGUGUUCUUAAUUAGUUUCCUUAUUAAUUUCUCAAUAUUAAAGCAUGUCUUACGUUUUCCUUAUAUUUUCUUGGAGGGUUUAUACUUUGAGAUGAAGUUUAAUUUGAAGAUUGUACCUAAGUAAUUGGUAAGCGUUUCACUUACCAAUUUGAAGUUCCUUACGUAUGUGAUAUAUGGCAUUUUCAAGUUUAUAUUGUACAAUUCUUAUUGGUAUUACACAGUGCACUUUGACUUUA